AGGAAACACAGCUAGAAAAAACUAGAUUUAACUAAACAAUCACAACAAAAUUGAAUUAAAUAUCCUUUUAAGUGCAUGGUGAAUUUAAAAAAAUGGCGCCCAACUCAAAACCUUUAUGCUUCUUUAUCGGUCUCAGUUAAUAUAAUAACAUUUAUCUUUCACACUAUUUUGAGUACGCAUACGCAUGAAAUUAGGAUUACUUAUAAAGAAUUUGUGGAUAACUUCCGGGUAAUAUUAUAUGAAGGGUAUAUGUUUCCAUUUUAAUAUCCUUGGUUAGAUAAGCUUUUAGUAUUUUGUAUGCUUGUUUAACUUUUAAAGUACAACUAAUUGUAAGCUUUCAUUUUUAAUAGAGCUGAAACAUCUCGUUUAAGCUUUUAUUUUCUUAUAUCGUAAAACACUAACUCUCGUCCUUGUUCUCACUCGAGAGCCAGCUCAGAAUGCUCAUUUCAUUUUUCAAUUCAGUCAGUAUUAUUUCAAGCUUAACAAAGAGAGUAAAGAUAAAACUACUACAUCAAUAAUGAUAUUUUGACCUACUUUCCAAUCUCCCACACAGAGAAGAAAAUAAAUUUUACUCAAAGCUCUCGCACAUGAGAGAAAUAACAUCGCACGCAUCUUUAGCUUUUUAAUAUGCCAAACUCAAUUUGGCACAUGGCCCGCUCGCUCACUACUAGGCUUCAUGUAUAACAAUUCAAUAUAUCCUUUCUCGUCGUCGUCGUUGUCUUAAAAAAACGCUCACACGACACAUAACAAAUUAAUUACGUACGAGUAUAACGUUAUACAAAGCCGCGACCGCCGCUACCGUGUAAGGAUAUUAAUAAUUAACGUGAACGAACUUUUAAAUUUUUUGAAUUUUUAAAAAUAUACUCCAUAACAUAGUCGUCGUGAGUAUUAAAGUUUUGCGAAUCCUUCGAAUCGUCCUUUGGGUGUAUAGUGUACACUCCACAGUACCAGUACUAUAAGGGGGAAGUUUCAUCCCUUCUUGGUGUUUCAUUUUUUCUUCAAUUUUUUUUUUUUGGUGAUGUUGAAUGUUGUUGGACCGCCGUGUUAGUCGUUGGUCGGUUGUUGGUUGGUAGAGAGUCACUUGUUCGUUGGGAAUAACUCUUUGCUAGCCCUCAGUUUGCCCCUGCAGUGGUAGUGCUCUCGCGAAGACAGAGUUAUUGCACCAAAAAGGGGGAAGUAUUUUUUUUUGGUUGAGAAAUGUAAAAAUUCCUUCAAAAAAAAAUUUAAGGAUUUACGUGUGUAACCGUGUGUGUUCACUGCCGAAAAUAGUGUAGAAUUUACGAAAAAAAAAUUUCAAAAAUUUUAUGAAAAUUUCAAAAAUAUAAAAAAAAAAAAAAAUACAAUAAAAUUCGUUCGAAAACAUGGCGUCCACGUCGUCUUCGUCGGAAUCCUCAUCCUCGUCGUCCAAUUCAAAACCUUAUAACAAAAAUUAGUUCAGUUUUCUAUUUUUUAUUUUUAAAUAAAUAAAAUUUAUGUUAUGCAUAAAAUAUAAGUGAAAGUUUUGUGUAAGCCUUAAAUAAAAAAAUAAAAAAAAAGGAAAACCCAGUGAAAAAAAUAAAAUAAAAAAGACACACUAAUGGCUACUGACUACUGUUAAAAGCAAAAUCCAUUCCUUCCACACCACCCCCUCACUCGACAUUGUGAGUUUUUGAGUGGGUGCUUCUGCACACAUUAUACAUAUUAUAUACAUAUAUAAAUUGUAUAUAAAUUUUCGUUUAUAGUUGAAAAUCGUCCAAAAAGUAUCAGCACAAUCAUUUAUUUGGAUUUUUCAAAUAAUUCUUCAUAAAAUCCGGUGAUGUGGGACAGCCCCCGCAGCGGGAAAUGCAACAACCCCAACUUCAAACGCCAUCUGAAUCUGAUUUAUAUGGUACGGAUGAGAUAGAAUUCCUGCUGGACGAAAUACGUGAUUUAGAGCCGGUCUGCUGUCAGCUGGACGACGUGCAGGAUUUUGAAAUAGCUGGCAGCAGAGCCGGAGAGUUAUCAUUAUCCUUAGAGUCGCCACUAGGAACUUGCACAUCGUGGGACUCGCACGCCAACUACAGACAAAGCAGUGAUCAUUCGCCACUGGCUUGGGGAGUUGUAUUGCACUGUGAUUCUCAACAUUUAAAAACGCCUACAGGGAUUGUCCGAUUUCUUUUGGUGUUAUCUUCUGCCGCCUGCCUUGCAUGCGAAUGCUCAGCUGGCACGGUGCAAGUUGGUCUUUUUCUACUGCCACUCAUAGGACGCUUAAGAUUAAUGAUUUUCUGUGCAGUGUUUUCCCUCCUAAUAACCUGUGUAAUGUUGUUUCUCGAUAUUUCGCACAUAGCACUGAUGUUUCCAUUCAAUUGGACUAAAGUGAACACAUGGAUGUACCUGAGUAUUGGUUUAUUUUACAUUUUGGGUUCCAGCCUUUUACUGCAUAUGGUCAUUUUUGCCGAGGAAUUUUCAUGGGUGCCGAAACACACAAAGGAAACUCUAUUUGCAUCUGCGAUCAUAGGUUAUGUUUGCGCUGUAGAGGCCUUCAUUCUCUCAGGACUGGCCAAAUGGCCACAACUCUAUCGUCAUGUGCUAGACGAUGGCAGCGAAAUGUAUAUCGAGGAUCGCGAAAUGAUCCUGCUUAGCACAGCUGAAAGUACUGAAGUGCCGAAUCAUAACAGCACGCCACAUAGUGAAGCAAACCAUCAUAAUCAAUGCAAUCGAAUAUCAUCUUCGUCGUCGUAUAAUCAAAAGCCUUAUAUACCUGCCAAACGACCCGAUCAAGCAAAUAAUAAACGACCAACAUUGGGUCAAUCACAAACAAGAAAAUCAAAUCAUCGUUAUCGUGAAGGCUAUCAUUAUCAACCCAUUGCGUCAACAUCCCGCCAGAGUCCAACAUUCGUCCUUGAUGAACAUAUUCAAGCUGGUCCAUCCACAUCCCGUUCCAUAGAUAACUCUAGUUCGUGAUAGUAUUUAUUUCUUUCCAAAAACGUUCACCGGACACAUAAAAUAAUAAUAAUAAAAUAAAACAUCAAACAUAAAAGACAUUUAAUAACAAAAAUAUUGAUAAACAUUCCAAACAACAAUAAAUCGCAAAUAGGUGUUUUAUUUCGAAUUUAAAUUAUUAUUAUUAAUAAUUUUGACGUAUUUUAUUAUUAUUAUUUUUUUUAUAUAUUAUUUUUUAAAUCAAAUUUUACUAAAAAAAAAAAUAAAACAAAUUUGAGAAAGAUACAAAUCAGCAAACACAAACAUAAAUCGCAAAAAUACACAAGUAAAAAUGGUAUAAAUAAAAAACAAAAAAUCAAUAAAUAGUUUAUAAAUAAAUAAAAAAA